UCAGGGCCUUAUAUAGCAAUGACUUCCCUGCAGUUUGGGUAUGCAGGGAUGGUCAUACUCACUAAGAUUUCUCUUAACAAUGGAAUAAGCCUAUUUGUUUUGUUAGUGUAUAGGCACAUCAUUGCUACACUUGCUCUUGCACCUUUUGCUUUCUUCAUUGAGAGGAAGGUGCAACGCAAAAUGACAUUUCCAAUAUUUUGUAAGAUCGCUGUACUUGGUUUGUUAGGGCCUCUAAAUCAGACUCUCUAUUACAUGGGCUUGAAGUUUAGCUCCCCUACUUUUGGUGGUGCUUUGAACAACUUACUUCCUGCUACCACUUUUCUCAUUGCUCUAAUCUUUAGAUUGGAGAGAAUAAACGUUAGAGAGAUUCGCAGUGAAGCAAAGAUAGUGGGAACAAUAGUGUGUGUGAGUGGAGCAAUGUUCAUGACUUUGUACAAAGGAGCUCCUGUUCCCAUGCCUUGGUCUUUACACCAUCAUCAUGAUUCAUCAAAUGCUGUGGCUUCUCAUGAUGGGAAUAAUGAUAUGGUCAAAGGUUGCCUAUUUUUUAUUACUUCAGUAUUUGCUUGGUCCUCCCUGUUUGUUCUUCAGGCUUCAGUUCUUAAGAAAUAUUCUGCACAACUUUCGCUUGUCACCUUAAUAUGCUUGAUGGGCACCGUCUUGUCAGCUGCAGUCACCUUAGCUCUUGAACGACGUCCUUCAGCAUGGGCUAUUGGAUUUGAUAUGAAUCUUCUUACUGCCAUUUACUCUGGAGUGAUGGGUUCUGGACUUGCAUACUAUGUGCAAGGAGUAUGCAUGAGGUUAAAGGGGCCUGUAUUUGCUACUGCAUUCAUUCCAUUGACCAUGAUAAUCACAGCAAUCAUGGACUCCAUUAUUCUUCAUCAAAACAUCUACUUGGGCAGUGUACUGGGAGGAGUGGUGAUAGUAAUAGGAUUGUAUGGUGUUUUGUGGGGCAAAGCCAAGGACUCAAAGUUCCCCAGUUUUGACCGCUCUGAAAUUCUGCCCACUUGUCAUUCGGAUAAUGAUAAGAACAACGUUGUAUCUAUAGAAAAGAUUGAAGUCCCCGUUGAUGCCACUGUUACUUUCAACAUAAAAUCAGAACCCUGCACGAUAUGA